AUGUGGUGGAAGAGAUGCUCACGCGUCAGAAAACGCGCGAGGGGGUUGGGAUAUGAGGAUGAGCACAACGGUCAGACAAGAUCCAUGAUGAUGCAGUUUAAGAAGAUUGCAAAAGGGGGAACACAAUUGCCGACGAACGCGCCACUUUAUGAAGGUAGAGGGCGAGAGCACUAUCAAGCACAGAGCCGCAAGCCACUACAAGUUACCUCCUUGCCGAUAGCCUCACGCCAAGACGCUACAGCAUUAGCCUCCUGCGAGUGGGUAAAGGCGUGGGCCCUGCGCUGCAGGCAAUUCAGGGGAGGCGGGCUCACUUGCGUCAAUGUAAUCAGAUAG